UGUGCGCUUCAUUUCACUUCGAGCUUUCGUCCAACUGGAAAUACGGUGGUCGCGGUCGACACCGCUUUCUUUUCCACCAAAUGAUACCGCGGCGUGCGCGCGUCUCCGUCGAAAACAAAUGCAAACGCGGGUCGGUCUGUGAAUGAAACAUACAAUAAAUUUAGGCGCAUGUCUAAGCCCAGCUUCUCACGCAAUGGCCGCCAGCUCAGGAGACACGGAUGAGUUGCAAUUAAUCGGCUGAAGACAAUGCCAUGAAGAACGUAAACAAACGUGUGUAAAUUAAAGAAAAGAGAGAGUGCAAAUGAAAAAAGGAGGAGAACAAGAAGUAAUGGCAACAACAGCAGCAGCAUUGGCGACUGCGACGCCGGCAGAGGGAGCAAGUGCCAAUUGGAAUUUCCUUGGAUGCUGAUGGUCGUCUUGUAAUGCCGUAGUGCUGCUUCCAAUACAUACAUCUAUGUGUAUAUGUGCGUGCGUUAGUGUGUUUGUGUUAAACCGUGUGUUGUGUGCCGCUGAAAAUAGCCAAAAAUAACGGAAGGUGGAAGAACUGCAGAAAAGCGAAAUGUGCAACCAAAGCGAAGCAGCGCAAAAAUAAAAACCAUAAAGUAUAACAAGAAGACGUCGACGCAGUGGAAAAGCGUUAACCAAAAAAACCACAGAAAAAAUUAAACCAAAGCCCCAAAGCCGAGGAACGAAAAGCGAAGAAAACGUCAAAGUUGCCAACUUUUCCACCGCAGCAGCAGCAGCGUCAGUGGCGUCAGCAGCGACGCCCGACUGCAGCCAGCAUCGCACUGGCAACAAAAACUAACGAUGCCUGGUCUUGUGGUCUUCAGACGCCGCUGGUCAGUCGGCUCUGAUGAUCUCGUGGUGCCGGGCGCAUUUCUCCUGACAAUUCAUUUCAUUUGUUUUGUGAUUGUUGGCUUCUCGUUGGGUUUCUUUGAGUAUAAUACACGAAUUUUAAGUAUAAAACUAUUGUUCUAUCAUCUAAUAGGCUACUUGUUGAUACUAUUUUUUUCAAUAUGCGUAGAAAUAGGUAUAUGUGUGAUCUCGAUGCGGGGCAGCAUUCUGGAUGCCGAGGCGCGUACUUCGAUCAACAUCUGGAUAUAUCUCAAGAGCUUGGUAAUUCUCUUCGAUAUUGCCUGGCUGGUGGUGGGCUCCGUUUGGCUGGGUCAUUAUUAUGCCACCUCACCCAUCGAUGAUCCCAAAAAGGUCUAUAUAGCCAUUAUCAUCUGCAAUUGGGUACUGGUGGUGAUAACGCUUAUCACAAUAUGGUGCACCUUCGAUGCAGCCGGCAGAUCCUGGGUGAAGAUGAAGAAGUACCAGCGUUCCAUGCGGGAAACAGAGUCGCGUUUCAAUUACAAGAGGAGCAAUAGCAUGAAUCGCAACUGGCGACAAAGGAAAGUAAUGCGCGCCUACCAGGACAGUUGGGAUCAUCGUUGUCGGCUGUUAUUCUGCUGUAUGGGUUCAUCGGAACGCAACCGGAACUCAUUCACGGACAUUGCCCGCCUGCUGAGCGAUUUCUUUCGGGAACUGGAUGUGGUGCCAUCGGAUGUGGUGGCCGGUUUGGUUCUGCUUCGAAAGUUCCAGCGGCUAGAGCGUGAGGCCAUUGUGAGGCAGCGCAAGAAUGGCACCUAUGAGUUCCUCAGCGGUGUUCCCAUCACAGAGCGGACCCAGUUCCUAGCACUCAACGAUGCCAAAAACUAUGACUUCUUUCAGACGGUCAUCCAUUACAUGUACUUUGCCCAAGGUGCCUACGGCUGGCCCAUGUACGUCAUCAUAAAUCGCACCAAAAUGUGGCACCUGCUGCCGGAAUUGAAGUGCUUUGGCUGUUGCUGUGGCAGUGGCGAUGAUGCCGAGGUAAUCCAGGACAAUUGCUGUCUCUGCAACUACGCGGCGCUGAAGAAAACCCUGCAGCUGGGCGAUAUUGACAUUGUCUAUGCCACCUAUCAUGUGGAUGUGGGUGAAACGCCCUUCUUUGUGGCCAUCGAUUAUACGCAGCGGGCAAUUGUGAUCAGUAUCCGGGGAACGUUGAGUAUGAAGGACAUCCUGACGGAUCUAAAUGCCGAGGGUGAGGUCCUGCCACUUCAUCCGCCUCGCGAUGAUUGGUUGGGCCACAAGGGCAUGGUGCAAGCAGCAAUUUACAUACGCAACAAGCUGCAACAGGAGAAUCUCAUUGAGAAGGCGUUGCAACGAAAUCCGGAUAGGCAUACGCAUACCUUCGAUUUGGUGCUAGUGGGACACUCACUGGGUGCCGGCACGGCGGCUAUACUGGCCAUUCUGCUGAAACCCGAUCAUCCCACGCUGCAGUGCUUCAGCUAUUCGCCACCAGGCGGUCUGCUCAGUAUGCCCGCCGUGGAGUACUCCAAAUCAUUCAUAACCUCGGUGGUGCUGGGCAAGGAUGUGGUGCCGCGCAUUGGUCUCAACCAAAUGGAAGCCCUGCGAGCGGAUCUCAUCAAUGCCAUCCAACGCAGCGUGGAUCCCAAGUGGAAGACAAUUUCCUGUUCGGUCAUUUGCUGUGGCUGCGGUCCGGAGCCCACCUCUGUGGUGAACAUGUCCGGCCAGGACACGCACAUCAAUCAGUACCAGGAGGAGCGUGGCACUGCCCGUUCGACCAGCGCUCAUCCGACGGAUAGCUCUAUAGCUUUAACCCUGCAUCAGCCCCUGUAUCCGCCCGGUCGCAUCAUUCACAUAGUGCGGCAUCAUCCCAAGCCUGACGAGUGA